AUGUCUGAAAAGACUUAUCCUAAAUACGAGUACGAGUAUGCAGUAUCUGAUAAAAAAACUGGAGAUCAAAAACAUCACCAUGAAACCAGAGACGGUGAUAAAGUUCAUGGUGAAUACAGCCUUGUUGAACCUGAUGGUUCUCUGAGGAAAGUGCAGUAUGACGCCGAUGAUCAUAAUGGAUUUAACGCUAUAGUCAGCAAGACUGUUAAUAAACAUGGCGACCAUGCCAUCUCAACAUUUGGACAAACAAGACAUUUUGGUCAAGGUAUAAAAAUAAAUCACUUCUUUCCCGGUAAGGACUAUUAUUAUCAGGAACCAAUUAUUGUUGAAAACAAAUCUACUGUAGACGAAAAUAAACCAGUUAAAGAAAAUAAUAAAGUAGAAAACAGUGAUGAGAAAGAAAACAAAAUGAUUUUGAUCGAUUCCGGUAACAAAAUGAUGCUAUUGAAAACUGUAGAAAUGGUGACACAGUUACCGAAUAAAGAAGUAGCACCGAUUGUGAAGAUGGAAGCCGUAGAAGAUGCUCCAAUGAAUAUGGUGCCAAAUGUAGUUUCUGUUAUCAUGGAAAAUACAGCAGCUCCUGUAGUUGAUAAAGCGGUAGAGCCAUCUGCAGAAAAAGCUACUGUCAUUGAAACAGUUGAACCUAAACAAGAGACUCAAACUGAAAAAGAAGACACUGCUGCAGAUUCGGAAACAUCUUCCUCAUUUCACCGUCACUCCAGAUUUUAUUAUGUUGGGUUCUAA